AUGAUUAUUUUUUACUUUACAAUGCACAUAUUUUACCUUUCAGAUUAACAGAAAUAUAGAUCUGUGUAAAUUUAUUGUUAUAUUUUGUCUAAACGGAAGGUAAAGAAACAGUUAUUUUGAUUUUGAUUGGGAACAUAUUAUUGUGUCAACAAAUGUCGUUAUUAAAUUAACAGUACUCAACUGAAAUUAGUUACUGACAAAGGGUUAAUACUAUAACAAUAACGAUUAAUCGUACGAGUUGAUGGAAAAGGGAUUUGUCAUUUGCGUAUUAACAUUGUUGUGAAUGAUACAUCAGAUUGAAUCAAACACCUAAAUGUUCUCAUCGGUAUAUCUCAUCCUUAAAGUGUUGUGUCUGUGCGCAUGCGCGUACUGUGCUUGCGAUCCGGAAUCUGUCAAAGAUGAUCUUAUACAGUGCUUCAUGAACAACCACAUGGGAACUUUCUACCAGUUUCCUAUUGUUCCUGCUGCAAACUACAGAAAUUUAUGUUCUAAUACGACUUGCUUGACAUACUGUAUGGAACUGGUAGCAGCCCCGUGUGUGUCCCUAGACCAUAUGGUUCAUAUAGAUAACGGGGAUGCUCUGACAGCAGCCUAUUUAGGACUAUGUGAUCAACUUGAAGCAGAAGUGACGUCGGCACUUUCUUGCGGCCACAUGGUCUCGAACCAGGAUGCACUGAAUGUAAUCAGCGCUUUUCAGUUGUCUUUGGAAGGAUACCAUUCUACCAGUUCCGAGAACACCACCGUAAUUUGCUCGGAAUGGAUGACUAUGAAGGCAGCUCUUGACACUUUGAUUAUCGCUCAAUGUUCAGGGACUGCGCGCACUCACUGGCAAACUCUUUUGAACACUAUAUCCCACAAGUGUGAUAAUAGCCUUACACCAUCAUGGUACACAGCUUAUAAGGAGACGUCAAACAACAGAUGUUCUGGGGCUCAGGCGCUGUUGCCGAGUGCAUCAUUACUGUUGUUGGCCGCAGUGACGCUACUGUGGAUAAGUCCUAUACAAAAGCGUUAAAGAACUUGCCUAAAUAUCAAAUUGUUAAUGACACAAAACGCACUAAUCAAUAUUUGUUUUUUACGUACUCCUUUUAAAUUUCAUAAAGCAACAAUGGACACAUAAACAGAUAAACGUUUCUUGUAUGUCGUCGCGUUAAAAUGUUCAAUUUUAUUUCUUCUCAGGCUAAAACACCUUUAUGUGAUGUAUAUAACACUUAAUAAUGAAAUACUUAUUACAUAUGCAUUGAUAAAAUUGGAACUAUUUUUUUUUCGCGUAACAAUGUGUGCGUUCUUGAAGUCUCGCGAUAUUAUACCCAGAUGCAGAGCUCGUGUAUAUUUAACCUAUACAUGGAACAUUUUAAGAGUAUGACUACCAAAUGUAGCCAUCACAGUUCUAACGUAGUACAGGGCAUAUGCUUACAUAUUUCAUCGACUACACAAGUGUUUAAAGCAUUACAUAAAACUCAUUUAAUCACUGGUUGUAUUGACGGUCUGCCGUUGGGUCGAAAUACCCUGAUAUACAAUGCUGUAUGCAUUGUACUGUCUGAUUAUCAAUUUCACAUUUUCUCUUAAGUUUUCCUUUUAGUGGCAAGGAGACAGUUAUAUUUUUUUGGGACAGGACGAUUUUCUUUAUGAAGUAUGUAGAUAGAUUUUAAAGGUGGAUCUUUUUAUAAUAAUUAUAUCUGUAAGCAUUCUAGAGAAACAAUAACUCUUUUAUAAAUGUUAUAAAUGCAUGAUGCGAAUUGCCGGAUUCCAUAGAGACGACGAGGUCUGAAGUAUCUACAUCAAGUAAAUGGGAAAAGACACCCAUCCAGAUGUGCGUGAAAUUAGCCAGAGCAUCCAGAGUAGCCAGAGUAGCCAGAGUUCAGCCAGAGUUCGGCCAGAGUUCAGCCAGAGUAGCCAGAGUUCAGCCAGAGUUCAGAGAGUUUAGCCAGAGUAGCCAGAGAAGUCAAAACUCUGGUUACUCUAGCUAGCCAGAGUAGCCAGAGUUCAGCCAGAGUUUAGCCAGAGUAGCCAGAGAAGUCAAAACUCUGGUUACUCUGGCUAGCCGGAGUAACCAGAGUAGCCAGAGUUCAGCCAGAGAAGUCAUAACUCUGGUUACUCUGGCUGGCCAGAGUAGCCAGAGUUCAGCCAGAGUUCAGCCAUAACUCUGGUUACUCUGGCUGGCCAGAGUAGCCAGAGUUCAGCCAGAGUAGCCAGAACUCUAGUUACUCUGGCUGGCCAGAGUAGCCAGAGUUCAGCAAGAAAAGCCAGAGUUUGUAGGAUGUUAAAAUGUUAUGGCUACUCUGGUCAGCCAUAGUAUCCAGAAUAGCCCGAGUCGCCUGGAUUUUUAUUUGCUUUGGUUAGUCUGGCCAGAAUAUCCAGAAUAGCCCGAGUCGCCUGGCUGAACUCUGGCUACUCUGUUAGAAACAGCCAGAGUGACCAGAGCAAAUGAUAUCCUGGUGACUCGGGCUACUGUUGCUACUUUGACUGAACAGAGUAACCAGAACAUGUUAAAAAUCUAGAAACUCUGCCUACUCUGGUUGAAUUAUGGCUACUCUGGCCAGCCAGAGUAACCAGAGUUCUGGAUACUGGAUGAACUCUGGCUACUCUUGCUUAACUCUGGCUACUCUGGCCAGCCAGAGUAACUAACCAGAGUUCUGGCUACUCCUAGCCAGAGUAACCAGAAUUACGGCUACUCUGACUGAACUUUGACUACUCUGGCCAGCCAGAGUAACCUGAGUUAUGACUUCUCUGGCUGAACUUUGGCUACUCUGGCCAGCCAGAGUAACCAGAGUUAUGACUUCUCUGGCUGAACUCUGGCUACUCUGGCCAGCCAGAGUAACCAGAGUUAUGACUUCUCUGGCUGAACUCUGGCUGAACUCUGGCUACUCUGGCCAGCCAGAGUAACCAGAGUUUUGACUUCUCUGGCUGCACUCUGGCUACUCUGGCUAGCCAGAGUAACCAGAGUUUUGACUUUUGACUCUGGCUACUCUGGCUAAACUCUGGCUGAACUCUGGCUACUCUGGCUGAACUCUGGUCGAACUCUGGCUGAACUCUGGCUACUCUGGCUGCUCUGGCUAAUUUCACGCACAUCCCAUCCAGGCGGAUUCAGCUCAACACAUGACAGCUGCUUGCGUGUCUUAAGGAUUUUAUUUUAAAAUGUCACCGCCCCUUGUCCCAAUAUUAGUGCAUUUCAUCCAUUGCUGUUACAACGUUCAACCGUUAUGUUUUGCGAUUUUACCAUAUGUGUCUACAUACGUUUUGAACAAAAUCGUUAUUAUCUAUGUGAGCCGCUUCAUGAGAAAACCAACAUAGUGGGUUUGCGACCAGCAUGGAUCCAGACCAGCCUGCGCAUCUGCGCAGUCUGGUCAGGAUCCAUGCUGUUCGCUUACAAAGCCUAUGGCAAUUUCAGAAACCGUUAGCGAAAAGCAUGGAUCCUGACCAGACUGCGCGGACGCGCAGGCUGGUCUGGAUCCAUGCUGGUUGCAAACCCACUAUGUUGGUUUUCUCAUGGCACGGCUCAUGUGUUUCGAUAUCAUCUUUGCCCGUUUAGGUUAAAAGACACUAAACGGCUAUUCUUCUUUAUAACAUAAAAUUAACAUAUCUCAAUGGCGGCAGCACACAUCAGGACCCAUUUUAAAUGUAUAUAACUUAUAUAUA